GACACAAUGGAAAACAGCAACGAGGAUGAUGAAGGACAAAACCUCUGGUCUUCAAUCCUCAGCGAAGUUUCCACACGCUCCAGCUCUAAAUUGCCUUCUGGGAAAAAUAUACUGCUUUUUGGGGAGGAUGGUUCAGGAAAGACAACACUUAUGACAAAACUUCAAGGAGCCGAGCACAGUAAGAAAGGUAGAGGGCUGGAAUACUUGUACCUGAAUGUCCAGGAUGAAGACCGAGAUGAUUUGACUCGAUGUGGCGUGUGGAUCCUGGAUGGAGACCUGUACCACAAAGGCUUGCUGCAGUUUGCAGUGACUGCUGAGUCCCUGAAGGACAGUCUAGCUGUGUUCGUGGUGGACAUGUCACGGCCUUGGACCAUCAUGGAGUCGUUGCAGAAGUGGACGAGUGUGCUGCGUGAACAUGUGGACAAACUGAAGAUCCCAACUGAGGAAAUGAAAGAGAUGGAGCAGAGGAUGGUUAAGGCCUUUCAGGAGUAUGCAGAACCAGAGGAAUCCAUGCCGAGCUCACCCCAGAGACGAGCUCCAGCGGCUGGGGGAGAAGAUGAGAGUGUGCUGCUGCCCCUGGGAGACAACGUCCUCACACACAACCUGGGCAUUCCAGUGCUCAUAGUUUGCACAAAGUGUGAUGCUGUCAGUGUACUGGAGAAGGAGCACGACUACAAGGAGGAGCAUUUUGACUUCAUUCAGUCACACAUCCGGCGGUUCUGUCUACAGUAUGGAGCUGGCUUGAUUUACUCGUCGGUCAAAGAGGAAAAGAACAUGGGCCUUCUCUACAAAUACAUGGUGCACAAAAUAUAUGACUUCCAGUUUACUACGCCUGCCUUAGUAGUGGAGAAGGAUGCUGUGUUCAUUCCAUCCGGAUGGGACAAUGACAAGAAAAUUGCCAUCCUGCAUGAAAACUUCACAACGGUUCGACCUGAGGAUCCCUUUGAGGACUUUAUAACAAAACCUCCUGUACGAAAGUUGGUGCAUGACAAAGAAAUCAGUGCAGAGGAUGAGCAGGUCUUCCUCAUGAAGCAGCAGUCAUUGUUAGCCAAGCAGCCGGCCACACCAACAAGAGGAACAGAGUCUCCUGCCCGGACUGCAUCUGGCUCACCCCGGCCGACAAGCCGGACAGGGCCCACCAAUGUGGCUAGUGUCUCACCCAUGACUGCAGUGAAGAAACCAGACCCUAACAUGAAAGGAGCAGCAGCGAAUGAAGGAGUGCUGGCCAACUUCUUCAACAGUCUGCUGAGUAAAAAGACGGGUGUGCCGGGCAGUCCUGGGACACCAGGGGCGGCAACAGGAGCAGGCGUACAAGGCUCUGCCAAGAAAUCAGGGCAGAAGCCGGGUUUGACUGACGUACAGGCGGAACUGGACCGAAUGACUCGUAAACCUGACUCAAUGGUAACGGCCAACAACACCCCUGCGACAGAGAACGAGGCAUGAGAGCGCCAGCAGCAUUGUCCACUCUGGAAAUCAACAUUGAGACGUUAAGCUUCCCUUAAAAUGGUUAACAUCACUGAUGUCAUGACACUAAUGACAAAUACCCAUUGGACUUCAGCAUACAAGAAUGGCAGAUGCUGCCACACCGCCUCUUUGAAUUAUGUAAAUAUGCGCAAAACAUUCGCUAUACAAGCUUUGAUUUGAUUUUGUAUAAAAUUGAGUUAUUUUAACAAUUUAUGAAGAACUAUUUCAGAUGAAACAAGCAUUGAUGAGUAUCAGGCCGAACGUUUUCUUUUGGCUAUGCUUGGUUUUGGAGGAGAGGAGCAGGGCAGCAUCUUUCCUAGUAGAACUCCCAAGUGCCUGUGUCAUAGUGGAGGUGCUUGUUUCCAAAAGAGGAAUUGCACUGUAGCAUCAACAGUCAAUAGUUUUUUUUUUUUGUUUUUUUUUGGUUCAACUUGUA